AUCACAUGCUUAUGCUGGAUCAGUUCCUGUUUAAUCAUGCAUUAAUUCUGUAGCAGUUCGAGCACAUUCAAAAUGAGUUUUUAUAUCUGUUUAUUAGAUAAAGGCAGAAAGACAGAGAUAUCUGUGGCGAACUCAAAGGAGGAAUUCAAGAACACAAGAGUUAAAGAAGUAGAAAUCAAAAUCGGUGUAACGGAUGGUUAACUUAAAGGAGAGUUUUCAUCGAUCCAUUUGUAUCAAGCUUCCUUAAGGGACUUUUAUUUUGGUAAGCGACUUGAUGCGCGACCUAUGCGCGUGACAUUUGGACCGUAUAAAGUGGGGCCCAUUUCCGCCAGGUGUAUGUGUGUGUGUGUGUGUGUGUACGCUGAUUGAAGGACGCAGCUUGCCGUUUCUCUCCUAUUGUAUUUUGUGCAUCCCACUAGAGGGUUAUAAGGUAAACGAGUUUAUUUUCUUCUGUUGUGUAACUGUAUUGUUUUAUGUUGGGUUUGUGUAAGAGUUAUAGUGUUUGUUUGUUUUUGUUUUUUGUUUAUUUGCUGUAGCUCUUACGGUGUCUACAUGAGUGUCACGAAUAAAACGUUAAUGGAAACAUCAGUUUAAGGAGCAUCUGACCAUCAUUCCAGUGGGGUAGCAACAGUAAGAGCUUGGCCAUUCGUCGUUGAAAUCUGCUGCAUUAAUGACCGGUGUCCACGAUGAUGGGUCUUUAAGGAGUGUUCACGGGCAGCGGAUUGAUUUCUGAUGGUCAACUGAUGAUCGUUUACGGUUAACUACGGCUGAAAAGGAGGAUUAAACGACACGUUACGGACUGUGAAACUCUGUGUUCUUCUUCAGGUGACAUUUAUUGUUCGACACACAUCUACAACAGCAAACGGACAUCAAGGGGAAACGUUUAAUCAACGAAAGACGUUCGCCUUUAAGGUUAAAAUAAGGGUUUAUGCACCUUCAGUGACUUUAAUAGAAAUUGUGAAAACGUUUGUUGUGUUUGAAUAAGAUAUUUAUACAGGUGUUUUAAGAAAUCUUUCUAAAAAGGAAAAAGGGGUAUUUUUAAAUUUACUGUUGAUGCAAAUAUUGAGGCUAUAAAUAUUGAUGAUUUAUUCUUUAGGAAUUUAAAUAUUUUUUAACUGUGUUGGAUAUAUAUUGUAUAGUCGUGCAUUAAUCUGAUAAUUUUAAAAUGACAGAGUUAAAUUGUUCUUUUGAUAAUGUUGAAUGUGAAAGGCAGAUUAACAGUCUCCAACAUGAUAUUGAAACCCUUAACAAUGAGUAUCAAACAUCAACAGAUGGCAUAGACCGACAACAGAUAAUAGAGACUAUUGAGGCUAAAGAACGAACUUUGAGUGAACUUAAAGGUAAAUUACAAGGAGAUUUAGGAGAGACUCAGGGUCCUCGACGUUCUGUUCGUCCAAAAAAUCCUACUGAGAAAAUGCUUGCAUUUCAAAGAGAUGAAAUUCAAAAGAAAGAAAGAAAGCUUAUCUCCCUGUAUGAAAAAUGGAAAACGUUAGCACGCAGUUCCAGAGAUCAACUCAAGUCUGAUAUUACUGAGAGCCAGUUAGCAUUUCUUAUUGAUACCCUAGAAGAGGGAAAGGAGAACAUCAUGCAUCUCUAUGUUGAAAUUAGAGACCAUGUUACACCAUCUACUGAAUUAAGACGCCGUAUCGAUGCUUGUGAGGCAGUGACAACAGAUAUAAUUAAAGUUGCUUAUGAAAGAAUAUCAGGCAUUGAUGAAUUUGAUGCAGUUCAAGUAAAACAUCGCUUAAAAGAGCUUCUUGAAUCUAGCUAUGCUCAUUCUAUUUAUGGCUCCACUGUUUCCCGAAUGAGUCACAAGUCCUCUGCCCAGUUAAGCCAUCGUACUGCAUCCUCAUGUGUCGCUUCAAAACAGGCUGAAGCAGCCGCAGAACUGGCAGCAAGGGAAGUGGAGUAUAAAAUACUAAUGGAGGAAACUAAACAGAAGGAGAAAAUUCAAGAAUUAAAAGACAAACAAGAGAGAGACUUGAAUGCUCAAAGGCGUGAACUAGAGAAAUUACAGGCCGAAAAGGAUUUAAAGGUAGCUCAGGCAAGGUUUGAGGCCUACAAUCGUAUGGCAGCUCAAGAAGUUGAUGAUCCUUCAACAAAUUGUAUUAUUGGAGAACAGUAUUGUUUGCCUCUAAGCACUUCUAUCCAACCUGCUAAUGAAACAUCUCCAUCUCAAAACGAACUGCCUUCUCUUGUGCAAGCUCUGCAAGACAGUAUAAAUUUGAACAGACUGCCAGCUCCAGAGCCCUUUGUGUUUAAUGGUGAUCCCAUUCACUAUGUUGAGUGGAAGGCUUCCUUUAUGUCAUUGAUUGAUAAAAAGAGUGUAUCUGCUGCUGACAAACUCUACUAUCUGAAAAGGUAUGUUGGUGGAUCGGCACGCAAGACCUUGGAUGGAACGUUUUUCAGGAGUGAUGUUGAUGCUUAUAAGGAUGCUUGGAGUAGAUUAGAUCAAAGGUAUGGUCAACCAUUUGUAAUACAACGUGCCUUUCGACAGAAACUUUCAAACUGGCCAAAAAUUAAUUCAAAGGAUGCUGUGGGACUGAGAGAAUUUUCGGAUUUUCUUAAUGCCUGUCAAGAUGCCAUGCCUCAUGUUGCAAGUCUACAAAUUUUAAACGAUUGUGAGGAAAACCAAAGGUUGGUUCAAAAACUACCUGGGUGGGCUGCUUCACGUUGGAAUCGACAAGUGACGCAAACCUUGAGAGACAAUAAGGAUUUUCCUGAUUUUAAGACCUUUGCAGCAUUUGUUUCAUUAGAGGCAGAGAUUGGUUGUAAUCCAGUCACGUCAUCUUAUGCUCUCAGCUUUGCAUCUGCUGAUAAACACAAUUUGAGAGAAACAAGAAGUAAAGUCACUGUCCUCAAUACUCAGACCAUAUUGGGGUCUGAAAGGCCAAAGACCGCAGAGAAAAAUGUAAAGCCUCCCUGUAUAUUUUGUCAGGAUCCUAAGCAUCAGCUUCGUGAUUGUUCCAAAUUGAUGAUCAACACAUUAGCAGAACGAAGGGUAUUUGUAAAGGAAAAUAAUCUCUGUUAUGGAUGUUUGAAAACUGGCCAUCGUGCAAGAGACUGUCGCUAUCGUCUUUCCUGUAAUACAUGUAAAGGGAAACAUCCAACUUGCCUUCAUGAUGAUAACUUUAUCAAGAGAGAAGGGCCAGUCUCUGUAACAGCAUUUGCUCCAACAUCAGAAGAUGAGUCAACCGCUGUUGUAUCCUUGAGCGUGGCUGGAAGGGGAUCAUCUUAUACAUCAAUGGUUGUACCAGUGUGGUUAUCAUCAAGCAAAGACGUGAGUAUAGAAAAAUUAGUUUAUGCCUUACUUGAUUCACAAAGUGAUACAACCUUUAUCGACCAAGAAGUGAGCAAUGUCUUGCAGGCAGAUAAAUCUCCUGUUAAGUUAAAAUUGACAACUAUGACUGGAAAGGACACCAUAGUGAAGAGUGAAAGGAUUUCAGGACUUCGUGUAAGAGGUUAUAGUUCUGCCACUUAUAUCGAUCUCCCUCCUGUCUAUACUAAAGACUGCAUUCCAGUUAACCAUGCACAUAUACCUACAUGUGAAACAGCUAAACGUUGGAACCAUCUUUCUCCUAUGGUUGAAGAGAUACCCUCUUUGAAGGACUGUGAGGCUGGGCUUUUGAUUGGCUACAAUUGUGCUAGAGCACUGGCGCCAAGACAAGUGAUUGUAGGAGAGUAUGAUGAACCUUAUGCGGUUAAAACUGAUCUAGGCUGGAGCAUUGUUGGACCUUCAUUACCCAAGCCUGAUUCCUCUGGUGUUUCUAGUCUCUGUCACAGACUUUCUGCCAAAGAAGUUCCUCCAUUGACUCCAGCAGAUGCUAUUCGUGUUUUAGAAUCUGACUUUAGGAAUGUUGAUGAUGAUAAAACUUUAUCCCAAGAUGACAUCAUAUUUUUGAAUAAGUUGAGUAAUGGUAUAAGGAAAAAUAGCUUUGGACACUUUGAAAUGCCUUUGCCCUUUAAAGAAAGGCCUUGUUUGCCAGAUAACAGACAGCUGGCUCUUGUACGACUUAACCAUCUAAAGAGAAAAUUGUUAAAGGAUCAAAGAUACAAGGAGCAUUAUGUGGAAUUUAUGGAGGAUGUCAUUAAAAGAGGAGAGGCAGAGGAAGUGAAAGAUGUUGGGAGUGAAGGUAACAAAUGGUAUAUUCCUCAUCACGGUGUUUACCACCCCAAGAAACCAAGCAAAUUGAGAGUAGUUUUUGACUGUUCUGCAAGGUAUGAUGGAAUCAGUUUAAAUGAUCAUCUCCUUCAAGGACCUGACUUGUUAAACAGUUUGACUGGUGUUCUUCUUAGAUUUCGCCAGCACCCUGUUGCUUUAAUAUGUGAUGUUGAGAAAAUGUUUCAUCAGUUCCAUGUACAUGAAGCAGACAGAGAUUUUCUGCGUUUCUUGUGGUGGAGAAAUGGAGACUUGAAAGAACAACCUAAAGAGUACAGAAUGACUGUCCAUCUCUUUGGAGCAUCUUCAUCUCCAGGAUGCGUGAAUUACGGACUAAAGCAUCUGGCUGAAGGUAACAAAGAACAGUACCCUUUGGGCUCUCAGUUUGUAAUGAAUGAUUUCUACGUAGAUGAUGGUGUUACAAGUGUACAAACAGCAGAGGAUGCAAUUCAGCUCGCUCAAGAAGCCAGAGAACUCUGUGCCAUUGGUGGCCUUAGACUUCACAAAUUUGUGUCCAAUGAUAAAUCUGUCCUGGAAAGUAUUCCUCCCUCUGAACGAGUAAUUAAUGUAAAAGAACCUGAUCUCUCAUUCAAUGACUCCUUGACAGAGCGAACAUUGGGGAUUCAGUGGAACAUGGAACUUGAUUGUUUUAAGUUUGAUAUUUGUCUCAAGGAACAGCCAGCAACUCGACGUGGAAUCUUAUCUACAAUUGCAUCGGUGUAUGACCCAUUAGGAUUCUUGGCUCCAUUCAUCCUUCAUGGUAAGAAAAUACUCCAGGAAGUAUGCAGACAGGGUACUGGUUGGGAUGAUUCACUGAAUAACGAGUUGCAGCCAAGGUGGGAGUGUUGGAAAGGAGAUUUGAGCAACUUGAAAAGAGUGAAUAUUCCCCGCACAUAUGCUCCUCCUGGGUUUGGAAAGGUAAAAGAAGUAGAGCUGCACCAUUUUUCAGACGCUAGUACUAGUGGAUAUGGACAGUGCUCAUAUCUGAGAUUGAAAAAUGAAAGGGAAGAUGUCCAUGUUGCUCUUGCCAUGGGAAAGUCCCGUGUAUCUCCUUUAAAGAUCACAACUAUUCCUAGGUUGGAGUUGACAGCCGCAGUUGUUUCAGUGAAUGUCAGCAAAGUCCUUAGAAAAGAACUUCGAUAUAUUGACAUCACAGAGUUUUUCUGGACUGACUCCAAGGUUGUUCUGGGAUAUAUCAAUAAUGAAGCCAGGCGAUUCCACACAUUUGUUGCUAACAGAGUACAAAGGAUUCAUUUAAGUACAGUUCCACAGCAAUGGAGAUAUGUUCCAACAAAGGACAAUCCUGCAGAUCAUGUCUCAAGAGGUCUUACUGUGGAUGAACUGAUUUCAUCUAACUGGUUCACAGGGCCAGGGUUCUUAUGGAAUAAGGAGAUGGCACUCCCUCCUAUUGAAGUUCCAGAACUACAUUCAAGUGACUCUGAAGUCAGAAGUUUUCAAACACUUAACACAAAGGCAGUGGAACAGGAAUCUAUUGUAGAUCGUCUGUUAAAGUUUUCAUCUUGGUCCAAUUUGGUUAGAGCAAUUGCACGUAUUCAACGACGAAUUAAUAAAGAUAAAUCAAGCAGUCUCUCUACAGUUGAUGAAAGAGAAAAGGCAGAGUGCCUAAUUGUUAAACUUUUACAAAGGCAUGUGUUUCAUCAUGAACUGAAAGUCUUAAGCAAAGGUGUCCAGUUAUCAUCUCACAAUGAAUUGUACAACCUUGACCCAUUUCUUGACAUUGAUGGUGUGUUCAAGGUGGGAGGACGACUAAGUAAUUCUUCUCUCUGUAGUCGACUCAAACAUCCUGCAAUUAUUCCUAAAGACCAUCAUAUUACAAGGUUGAUCAUAGCUGACUGCCAUGAAAGAGUUAAGCAUCAAGGUAAAGGGUUUACCAUCAAUGAAAUCCGUUCAAAGGGUUUUUGGAUCCCAGGCAUCAAUCGUACUGUAGCAUCUUAUGUGCGGAAUUGUGUGACUUGUAGAAAACACAGGCGACCAACGGAAGCGCAAAAGAUGGCUGACUUGCCUCCAGAGAGAGUAAAUCCUUCACCACCUUUCACUUACAGUGGUAUGGACUGUUUUGGCCCAUUUUUUGUGAAACAAGGACGAAAAGAGUAUAAAAGAUAUGGAUUGAUCUUUACUUGUUUCUCUUCCCGUGCCAUUCAUAUUGAGAUGCUUGAUUCUUUGUCAACAGAUUCUUUCAUUAAUGGCUUGCGUUGCUUUAUUGCCUUACGUGGAGCAGUUCGGCAGAUAAAAUCUGAUCAAGGAAGUAACUUUGUGGGUGCUAAGAAGGAGUUGACUGAAGCUCUCAAAGAACUUGACACAGAGAAGCUGAAUAAUUUCUUGUCUGAGAACCAGUGUGACUUUGUCAUGAAUGCACCAUGUUCAAGUCAUUCUGGAGGUGUAUGGGAACGACAGAUUAGGACUGUUAGAAGUGUUCUCCAGUCUACGCUUUUAAUUGCUUCUGAAAGGAUUGACGAUUCAUCUUUAAGAGCAUUCCUUUAUGAAGCAAUGUCAAUUGUAAACAGUCGCCCACUCACUGUUGAUAAUUUAAAUGAUUCAAAUAGUCUUGAACCUAUAACACCAAAUCACUUUCUUACCAUGAAAUCAACCAUUGCCUUACCUCCCCCAGGCAAGUUCACUAAAGAAGAUCUUUAUGCUAGGAAAAGGUGGCGCCAGGUUCAGUAUCUUGCUGAACAAUUUUGGAGUCGUUGGCGUAAAGAGUACCUUUCAAAUAUUGCUGUCAGACAGCGUUGGCACACCCCUAAGAGAAAUCUUUUAAUCGGGGAUAUAGUGAUUGUCAAGGACAAUGAUCUACCUAGGCAUAAAUGGUCAUUAGGUAGGAUUGUAGAAACAACCAUAGAUUCAGAUGGACUUGUGAGGAGAGUCAGAGUUCGUCUUGGUGACAAAAGUUUUGGAAAGAAGGGACAAUGUCUUGGUAGGCCUUCUGUUAUUGAACGUCCUGUUCAGAAGUUGGUUUUAUUGUUGGGGAGUUGUUAAAUGUUGUGUUUUUUUUUUUUUUUUUUUUUUUUUUUUUUUUUCUUAACUGUAUUUGUAUUGUUUGAAGUUUCACUGUAAUUUUGAAAUCAUUUUGUUUUAUUAUAACUCAUGAUUUGGUGGGAGUGUAACGGAUGGUUAACUUAAAGGAGAGUUUUCAUCGAUCCAUUUGUAUCAAGCUUCCUUAAGGGACUUUUAUUUUGGUAAGCGACUUGAUGCGCGACCUAUGCACGUGACAUUUGGACCGUAUAAAGUGGGGCCCAUUUCCGCCAGGUGUAUGUGUGUGUGUGUGUGUGUGUGUGUGUGUGUACGCUGAUUGAAGGACGCAGCUUGCCGUUUCUCUCCUAUUGUAUUUUGUGCAUCCCACUAGAGGGUUAUAAGGUAAACGAGUUUAUUUUCUUCUGUUGUGUAACUGUAUUGUUUUAUGUUGGGUUUGUGUAAGAGUUAUAGUGUUUGUUUGUUUUUGUUUUUUGUUUAUUUGCUGUAGCUCUUACGGUGUCUACAUGAGUGUCACGAAUAAAACGUUAAUGGAAACAUCAGUUUAAGGAGCAUCUGACCAUCAUUCCAGUGGGGUAGCAACAAUCGAUUUCUUCGUUUGUCCUAGUGAACCUUGUCCACUUUUCUACAAAGGCAAGCGUCUAGACAGGAAUCGCACACUUGGCUCUUAUGGCAUUAAACACAAGGCUGUCAUCUGCAAAGAAUAUCGAAACAGUGAUCAGGAUCUCUACGGUAUCGCAAUUUUAAGACGAUGCAAACACAGAUACCCUCCACCUGUAGAUGAACAUGUAGGAGCCAAACGAAAAGAUGAAGUUGAAAUAAUUCCCAGGUCCUGCUCUAUGGAAAAACUAUUAUGUGAUAUGCAGCAGCCUCAGUGAAUAAUGUUCAGUCUCUCAUGAUCCUGAUCAAUAUAUUGAUAGUGUGAUCAGGUAUCAGGUUACUUAGUAAACACAUUAUGAGAAAACCAGUUCACUGUGUUUAAAAUUACACACUUUAAAGUGCGGUAGAUUUUCUCUGACGCACCUGACUUAAGUCUCAGAUUCUGGGUCUGAUAAGACUAUAGAGCUUCAAAUUAUGUAAUAUGUCGAAAUUUUGUGCUGUUUAUUCUGUACAUAUUAUUGUGUUUUUUCUUCUUUUAAUAGUUUGAGUUCAAAAUAAAGAUUUCAUCCAUUCUUUCAUAAAAGUGUGUAUAAAGGAUAUAUAUAUAUUUGUAUAAAGGAUCUAUUUAUAGUUUUAAAAGUGACUAAAUACUUGUUUUCACCCUAGAAGUGCUUUUAUAUUCAACUAAACUACAUAUUUUGUGUUAUUUUAGUGCUCAGGUACAUGAAUUGAGACACACUAACUUUGUGUUUAUAUAAAAAUGGACAGAAAUGAACCUGUAUGUCUUUAUUACCAUUUAACUGAAUAAAAAUUAUAACUACUUUAACCUCA